GCAAGGGGGCGCUGCUUCGGGAUUCCGCCCCUGCAAUUGCGCGCGGCGGGGCCAAGGGGGAGGCGUUGAGGGGCGCAAGAGGACCUGCUGCCCAAGGGAGAAGGCUGCACCCCAUUGGCAGCCUCGGUGUAAGUCUUGGCUUGGGAAAGUUUUCCCUCCACCGUCCCAAAAGAACAUCCCUGGAGAACAUCAAGGAAGAAACGUCAGGGAAAUCCAGGCCUGAGAUGGGAUAAGUAUCCCUCCCAUGGCUUCCAGCAAAGCGAUCCGGAAAGAAAGGGGGGCUCCCUCGUCCCUGCACCUCCCUGUCCAGGCUGCUCAAGGAAAGACAGUCAAAAUGGAGGAGAAGGAAACGGCCUGUGCCAAGCCGGCCGAGCAAGUCCAGAAGGAAUCCUGCGUCAUCCAGGCCAGUGGCCCCACCGAAAUACCGAGACGGGGGUCCCCACUGCAGAUCAAGCAGGAACCGGACGAGGGCCUGGCCCAGCGCUGGGAAGCCCAGUGGCAGAAUUUCCUGAAGAUGGUGCAGGCCCCGCAUCCCAGUUGGGUCUCCUCUCCGUUGCCAGAACUGGUGGCUUUUAGUGACUCCAAAGGGAUCCAACCUUCCAGCGGGAUGACCCCGCAGGUCUUUGGCUGGAAAGUGAAGGAAGAAGUCUGUGAGGAAGAGAUCGGAAACACGGAGGCCCAGAGGCAGCGGUUCCGGCAUUUUUGCUACCAGGAUGCCGAAGGGCCCCGCGAAGUCUGCAACCGUCUCCGGGAGCUUUGCCACCGGUGGCUGAAGCCAGAGAGGCACACCAAGGAGCAGAUCCUGGAGACCCUGGUGCUGGAACAGUUUCUGGUCAUUCUGCCCCCGGAGAUCCAAGGCUGCGUCCGGGACCGGGGACCGGAGAGUUGUGCCCAGGCGGUGGCCCUUGCUGAGGGUUUCCUCCUAAGGCAGAAGGAGGCCCAGUUGGGCCAGGAUUGCUUUGAGGAAAUGACGGUGAAUCUUCCAAGGAUCCAUCAAGUCUGCUUGGGGGCCUCUCGAAAGCUAGCAGGGGGAAGGCUGCUGAAUGAACAGGAGCGGCCACCUCUCUGGGCCCAAGAUUACCUGGACCGAGAGUCCACCGGCAGGACGUCGCUCCCCAAAACCCAGGACAACCUCUCGCCACGGUCCGGAUUGGGCAAAAUUUCGGAGAAUGAGCUGAUGAGGCCUGAAAGGUCUUCGGGCUCUCUCCCGACCAAGAGAGGCUCCGAAGCGAUCCCAUGCAGAGUGGGCUACAAAGAUCUCGGCGGGAUCCUUUUCCAGGAGAGGAUCCAAGAGAGCCCCCGGCAGAAGCGCUGCGUCGUGCUCCGCCGGCGGAUCCACACCGAGGAGCGGCUCUACAAGUGCCAGGAUUGCUGGAAGAGCUUUGACCACCGCUCCCACUUCAUCCGCCACAAGAAGAUCCACACGGGCGAGAAGCCCUUCCAGUGCACCGACUGCGGGAAGAGCUUCAACCGGAACUCCAACCUCACCACCCACAUGCGGACUCACACGGGCGAGAAGCCCUACAAGUGCUUGGACUGCGGCAAAAGCUUCCGGUGGAGCUCGGAUUUCAUCGUCCACGAGCGGACUCACACCGGGGAGAAGCCCUACAGCUGCGCGGACUGCGGGAAGGCCUUCCGCCGCAGCUCCAACCUCACAGCCCAUGAGCGGACGCACCGGGGUGAGAAGCCCUACAAGUGCUUGGACUGUGGGAAAAGUUUCACCCGAGGCCUCUACCUGAUUGCACACAAAAAGACGCACUCGGGGGAGUGAGCGGGAGAGAGCGAGAGUCGGUUAGCGGUGGCCCCACCUUGGAUAUUUCCUGGGAGAAGGGAGCUCCUCAGACGUCUCAUCUGAACGGCAUCCAUGGCUCAUCUGGGAGGGCGGCGGCAGGGAACAAAAUGAUCACUUCUGGGUUUGGGUUCAGGGCCCUGUCAACAACUCCAGAUGACCGGUGAUGGAUGUGAUCUACAGCAAUCUCACUCCAGUGCAAAGUUGGCCCAGUGAAGUUGCCAAAAAAAAAAAAAAAAUGUCCGCCAGAAUUCAUUUCGGCGGACGAUUCUUCUGGCAAAUCCUUCAACCUCCCCGCAAGCCCAGUCGAUCAGUUUGGGGAGUAGGGCAACUCAGCCUACAAUGACCACGUUUGGGUGGGAUGACAGCUUCUCUCAGGACGUGACUCGCUACAGCGUGAGCAAUUUGAAUUCUCCAAAACCAAAAUCGGGAGGGUGAGCUGAAGGCGAGGAAGGCCUUGUUAGGAAGACAUGUUAUUCUGGGCCGGAUGGUUUCUCCACCUCGAAGCUGAGGGAGAAGAUCUUUUUAAGUUUUAGAUUGGCACAGUGCUGCAGAUUUGAACCCCCAAAAGGACUUCGGAGCAGCGGAGAGACCUGCUUAACCCCCUUAAGAGCAGGGAUCUCCUAACUUGGCAACGUUUUAAGACUUGGGGACUUCGACUCCCAGAAUUUCAGCCUGGUCGACUGAGGAAUUCUGGGAGUUGAAGUCCACCAGUCUUAAAAGUGGCCAUGUUUGGAGACCUCGGAUUUAAAGCAAACCAUUGCUUUUUCUGCAGCUGCAGAAGACCACAAUGCCAGUACCAGCUGCGUUUAGGGGAUGUGGGGGCUGUUUGCACUUAAGAGAAACCUUUUGGGAUUUAGAUCCAAAGAGCACUGCCUGGCUUUUAUCUUUUGAUGCGCUGGUCAUGUACCAGCUACAAAGUAGAACAUCACUGUUGGGUCAUUUUGGUUCCCUUCAAGCGGUUUUCUCUCGGCUGCAGCCCACCCCUUUGUAUUAUGGGCGUAGUAGUACUAAUUUACCAUAUAUGGUGGUAUUUCUCAACC